CUCUCUUGCAUUUCCCUCUCUUGCAUCAUCAAUGGCUGACGCAGCUGCUGAAGUAGUAGUCCCAAAGAGGGGAAGGGGCAGAAGGCCCCUGAAGGAUAAAACAACAACCCUACUCACAUCUGAUGAUAACAAACAGGACUCCAAGAAUCACCAAUCUUUCGAGAAAGAAUUGCUCCACAUGCAGGAAAUGCUUCAGAAAAUGCGUCUCGAGAAGGAGCACACAGAAGAGCUCUUGAAGGCCAAAGAUGAGGCUCUCAAGCAGAAGGAACAAGAACUCAAAAAAUUGCAGAAGCUCAAGGAGUUUAAACCUACCCUCAAUUUGCCUGUGUUGAAAGAUAAUGAACAAAAGAAGGAUAAGAAGAAGAAAGGGUGCUCCGAGAAGAAAAGGCCUUCUCCACCUUACAUUUUGUGGAUGAAAGACCAAUGGAAUGAGAUCAAGAAAACGAACCCUGAGGCAGAAUUUAAGGAAACUUCUAACAUGUUGGGGGCUAAAUGGAAGACUGUUAGUGCAGAAGAGAAGAAGCCUUAUGAGGAGAAAUACCAAGCUGAAAAAGAAGCCUAUUUGCAAGUGGUUGCAAAGGAAAAACGUGAGAGUGAGGCAAUGAGGUUGUUGGAAGAGGAGCAGAAGCAGAAGACUGCCAUGGAAUUGCUUGAACAGUACAUGCAAUUCAAACAAGAGGCAGAAAACAAGGGCAAGAAGAACAAAAAGGAGAAGGAUCCAUUGAAACCAAAGCACCCCAUGUCAGCUUAUUUCAUGUUCACUAAUGAUAGGCGACCAGCUCUUGCUGCUGAGAACAAGACAAUGUUGGAGGUUACACAAAUCACAGCUGAAGAGUGGAAAAAGAUGAUAGACGAUGAAAGGAGACCCUAUGAAGAGAUGGCAAAGAGGAACAAGGAGAAAUAUGUCUUAGAAAUGGAAGCCUAUAAACAGAAAAAAGAAGAGGAAGCUGCCAAUCUCAUGAAGGAAGAGGAGGAGCAUAUGAAGCUUCAGAAACAAGAAGCCUUGCAACUCCUUAAGAAGAAGGAGAAAACUGAAAAUUUAAUCAAGAAAACAAAACAGAAGAAGCAAAACAAGGAGGAUAAGAAUUCUGAUCCAAACAGGCCUAAGAGGCCUCCAUCCUCGUACCUCUUAUUCAGCAUAGAAGCAAGGAAAAGUUUACAGGAGGAGAGACCAGGAAUCAACACCUCAACCCUGAAUGCACUUGUUUCCUUGAAGUGGAAGGAACUGAGUGAGGAAGAUAGACUAAUCUGGAAUGUGCAAGCAUGUAAAGCAAUGGAAUCAUACAAGAAGGAAUUGGAGGAAUACAACAAAUCCCUUGCGGCAACUUCAACUGCAAUCCAGGAGCAGAAAACCGAAGAAUGAAAAAGAUCCCCGUGGGCAGCAUGUUCAAAGUUGAUUUGAAUAUGCUUUCAAAUUUAGUCGCUAGUGAUGUUUUACUUCAUUUUUUUAGCUGUAUUUUUUCUUUACACAAGUUGUAAAGAAAACCGAAUAACAUAAUGAUGCUUUCAUGCCUCUUCAAUUUAGUUUGGUAUCAUCUUGAAUUUGCCCUCAGUGUUUCAUACUAGUUUUUUUUUUCA